AUGUCACAGGUCAAACAGCCUGGACGUGGACGUUCUGCCGCCACUCCUCCCACACUGCCUGCACCUCCCACUCCUCCUACACCUCCUACACCUCCUACACCUCCUACACCUCCCAUACCGCCUACACCUCCUACACCUCCCAUACCGCCUACACCUCCUACACCUCCCAUACCGCCUACACCUCCUACACCUCCCAUACCUUCUACACCUCCUACACCUCCCAUACCGCCUACACCUCCUACACCUCCCAUACCGCCUACACCUCCUACACCUCCCAUACCGCCUACACCUCCUACACCUCCCAUACCGUCUACACCUCCUACACCUCCCAUACCGCCUACACCUCCUACACCUCCUACACCUCCCAUACCUUCUACACCUCCUACACCUCCCAUACCUUCUACACCUCCUACACCUCCCAUACCGCCUACACCUCCCACACCUCCCAUACCGCCUACACCUCCCACACCUCCCAUACCUUCAACACCUCCUACACCUCCCAUACCUUCUACACCUCCUACACCUCCCAUACCGCCUACACCUCCUACACCUCCCAUACCUUCUACACCUCCUACACCUCCCAUACCUUCUACACCUCCUACACCUCCCAUACCGCCUACACCUCCUACACCUCCCAUACCUUCUACACCUCCCACACCUCCCAUACCUUCUACACCUCCUACACCUCCCAUACCGCCUACACCUCCUACACCUCCCAUACCGCCUACACCUCCUACACCUCCCAUACCGCCUACACCUCCCACACCUCCCAUACCGCCUACACCUCCCCACACCUCCCAUACCUUCUACACCUCCCACACCUCCCAUACCUUCUACACCUCCUACACCUCCCAUACCGCCUACACCUCCUACACCUCCCAUACCUUCUACACCUCCCACACCUCCCAUACCUUCUACACCUCCCACACCUCCCAUACCGCCUACACCUCCUACACCUCCCAUACCUUCUACACCUCCCACACCUCCCAUACCGCCUACACCUCCUACACCUCCCAUACCUUCUACACCUCCCACACCUCCCAUACCGCCUACACCUCCUACACCUCCCAUACCUUCUACACCUCCCACACCUCCCAUACCGCCUACACCUCCCACACCUCCCAUACCUUCUACACCUCCCACACCUCCCAUACCUUCUACACCUCCUACACCUCCCAUACCGCCUACACCUCCUACACCUCCCAUACCUUCUACACCUCCCACACCUCCCAUACCGCCUACACCUCCCACACCUCCCAUACCUUCUACACCUCCCACACCUCCCAUACCGCCUACACCUCCCACACCUCCCAUACCUUCUACACCUCCCACACCUCCCAUACCUUCUACACCUCCUACACCUCCCAUACCGCCUACACCUCCUACACCUCCCAUACCUUCUACACCUCCCACACCUCCCAUACCGCCUACACCUCCCACACCUCCCAUACCUUCUACACCUCCCACACCUCCCAUACCUUCUACACCUCCUACACCUCCCAUACCGCCUACACCUCCCACACCUCCCAUACCUUCUACACCUCCCACACCUCCCAUACCGCCUACACCUCCUACACCUCCCAUACCUUCUACACCUCCCACUCCUCCCAUACCUUCUACACCUCCAUCUCCCAUAGCUUAUACACCUCCCACACCUCCCUCACCUUCCACACCUCCUCUCUGAACCUCCACAGCGUGAGUCAGUGA